AUGGCAUCACCCGCUGAAGUAACAACAUCAGAAGAAGUUAUAUCUCAAAAUUCAACCCAACUCCAGAGCAGUAGGGGAAAAAGUGAUAUAGCUUGGGGUCAUUGUAAACAAAUUGAAGAGAAAGGAAAACUUGUUAAUUUGUGUAUUUACUGUAAUAAAAUUAUUAGAGGAGGAGGGAUUAAUAGGUUCAAAUUGCAUUUGGCUGGAAUAAAAGGUCAAGUUGAAGCAUGUAAAAAGGUGCCUCCAAAUGUCCAAUAUCAAAUGAGACAAAAUCUUGAUGAAGGUGCAAACAAGAGAAGAAAGACUCAAGCACAAAACUCAGAUGUUGAUCUUACUACUCAAGAGGGUGGUGUAGUAGAAAUGGAUGUAGAACAAUCAAAAUCGGAUUCGGUGGUUGUGUCUCAAAAGAGGAAGAAUGCAAGCCGUAUUGGUAAUUAUUUUAUGCCUAGAACAACUCCUGGAGCUCAACCUUCUUUAAAAAGUGUGUUACAAAGUAAGGAAGUGGUGGAGAAGUGUGAUCUAGCUAUUGCAAGAUGGUUUAUUGAUUCUUCUGUGCCAUUCAAUGCAGCUAAUUCUGCAUAUUUUCAAUUUAUGGCUGAUGCACUUUGCAGCAUGGGUCCGGGGUAUAAAGUUCCAACUAUGCAUAGUCUUCGUGGGUAUUUGUUAAACAAAUGGGUUGAAGACGUGAACAAAUUGAUAGAGGAGUAUCGUGAGAUUUGGAAGAAAACUGGUUGUACUUUAAUGGCUGAUGGAUGGACUGAUCGAAAAAGAAGAACUCUCAUAAACUUUCUAUUUUGCUGCCCCAAAGGUACUAUUUUUCUAAAAUCGGCUGAUGCUUCUCAUGCUUCAAAAACUGCAGAUAUGUUGUAUAAGCUUUUUAGAGAGGUGGUUUUAUUUGUUGAGCCUGAAAAUGUAGUUCACAUAGUGACAGAUAAUGUUGCAAACUAUGUUGCGGCUGGAAGGUUAUUAGAAAAUGAGUUUCCUACUUUAUUUUGGUCUCCUUGUGCAGCACAUUGCAUUAACUUGAUGUUGCAGGACAUGGGAAAACUAGAGGAAGUCAGUGAGGUCGUGUCACAUGCUUCUAAUGUUACCAAAUAUAUUUAUAACCAUUGUUAUGCAUUGUAUUUGAUGAGAAAGCAAACAGGUGGAAUAGAAACCCUUCGUCCUGCUCCAACUCGAUUUGCCACUAACUUCAUUGCUUUGCAGAGUAUUUUAUCUCACAAAAAUUCUCUAAGAGCCAUGGUAACAUCUAAAGAAUGGACAAGCUCGGCAUAUGCCAAAGAAGCAAAGGCAAAACAGUUUGUGGAUCAAGUUUUAGAUUCUGGAUUUUGGAGUAAAUGUGCUGAUAUAGUUAAACUCACUGAACCACUUGUGCGUGUGUUGCGUAUUGUUGAUAGUGAAGAUAAACCUGCUAUGGGAAUUCUAUACAAAUCUAUAGUCAAAGCUAGAGAUGAGAUGGUGAGUAGGUUUCAAAGAAAUAAGAAGAAAGUGGAUCCUUACUUGAAAAUCUUAGAUAAACGUUGGGAUUCACAGCUCCGUAAAAAUCUUCAUGCUGCCGGUUAUUGGUUGAAUCCAGCUUGUAGAUAUAAUGAUGUAGAUUUUGAAAAACAUGCAUCCACAACAUCGGGACUUUUAGAUGUCAUUGAAAAGUAUGCUAAUGGAAAUUCUGAACUUCGAUUGAAGUUAACAGAUGAGAUGAGAAUAUUCAAAGAUGGUGAAUUAGAUUUUGGAAGGAAAUCGGCUGUGGAUGAACGAUAUCAAUGGUGGGAAACUUAUGGCACUGGUACACCAACUUUGCAAAGGUUGGCUAUUCGUAUUUUAAGCCAAACUUGUAGUGCUUCGGGUUGUGAACGCAAUUGGAGUAUAUUUGAGCAUAUUCAUUCCAAGAAAAGAAAUAGAUUGGAGCAUCAAAAGCUUAAUGAUUUAGUGAAAACACGUCAUGGGAGUUAUGAUCCUAUCAAUAUUGAAACAAUUGGGGACCAUUCUAGUUGGGUAUUAGAGGAUUCGCCACCUCUCUUAACCAAUGAAGAGUUGGAAGCAUUACGCAAUGACCUUGCAAAUAUGACCAUCCAACCGAUUUCAAGUGAUAUUGAUCAAUUAGAUUUAGAUGAGGACGAAGAUGGAGAUGUUGGUAAUGCACAAGACAUUAUUGUUGAUAAUGUGAAUCAAGAAAAAAGCAAUGCCGGAGAAGAUGAAGUUUUCGAAGAAGACAAAGAAGCGGAAGAUGGAUAUGAAUAUCAAGAUUAUGACAAUUUGACUCCAUGGGCCUAA